GUUGAUGUUUCUCGUGGGAAGGAUGCUGCUGUGAUACAAGCUUUGCUCUCAAUCUCAAUUGUGAUUCAACUUGGAUUUUUAAAACGAAAAAUUUCGACACGAUCCCCGUUCUGAUAAUGCUAAGUUCAUUUCUGUGAAAGGUGUGCAGCUUGACGGCACCCAAUUAUGCCUUCUGCUCAUCUGACUUUAAAGGAAGAAGAAGUUAUUAAACUCCUUUUGGAGUUUCUGUCAAACCGGGAGCUCAGCAUAUCCCAAUUGUCGGUUGAAAGAGAAAGCGGGGUCAUCAAUGGCACUUUCUCGGACGACAUCCUCUUCUUGAGGCAGCUCAUCUUAGAUGGACAAUGGGACGACGUUUUGGAAUUUGUAAAGCCUCUGGAAGGCAUCGAAACUUUCGAUUCCAAACAGUUCCGUUACAUAGUCAUCAAGCACAAAUACAUUGAACUGUUGUGCAUUCGUUCUGAAAGUGGAAUCUUCCAGAAUGUGGACGUUGCCGUUGAGGAAGUUGUCAAAAGUCUCGCCGAGUUGGAAAAAUACUGUCCUUCUAAAGAGGACUACAACAACCUUUGUUUGCUUGUGACUCUGCCAAGGUUAUCGGACCAUUUCGAAUACCGAAACUGGAACCCGAGCAAUGCAAGAGUCAAUUGCUUCAAGGCGGUUUUUCCUCUCGUGGAAAAAUUUCUUCCUCUGGACAAGAAAGGUGUCGAAACUUACAUGGCUAAAGGUGACAGACUUAUACAGCUUAUCAUUAAAGGUGUUCUCUAUGAAUCUUGCGUGGAAUAUUGUCAGCAAAGGGCCACGUCUUCCUCCUCUGAAAUGCAAGAAAUGGGGUUUUCUCAUAUUUUAAACGGGACUGGAUUUAGCGAUUCAGAUCUGAGUUUACUGUCUUGGCUUCAGUGUAUUCCACCAGAGACAUUCUCUUAUCCUUUCGAACAAAAGACCUUGAGUGUCGAUGUCGAGCAACUCGAUAAACCUUCUUUAGAAGCUUCGUGGUCUGAGCAAAUUCUAGUCGCACCUAUCAAACCAAAAAUCUUCCCCCACUCAGCUAUGCCUUUUACCAGGCUUAGGACCUCGGAUUUUAUGUCGAAAUCCUUAACUCCAAAUCUGGAUACGCUUGGACGUAAUUCGAUGGCGUAUUCCGUCGGAGAUCUUUCGAAUAUGUCGAGAUCUUAUGCUGGGUUUCAUUUGACUGGCAAAAAAGCCAUGAAUACGUCUGUGGAUCGGCUUUUUGAAGGAGGAGACGUUUUCAGCACGAGUUGUGCGGACCUCCAAUCUGAUUUGGAGGCUUGUCACAUAUCAUCAAAGAACAAAUUCACUGUGCCCCCUAAAAUAUUAGAGCAGAUUAGUCCGAAAGCCGAAGAACAAAGUGUACCCAAAAAGGAAAAAGAUAUCGCUUCUAAAGACAGUGCAGUGGAGGAAGAUUCUUUAAGACCAUCUACAACCGGUGACAAUUGCAAAUCAUCGCAGAAUCAUAACUCUAUUAAGACUGAUGGGGAGAGUGUCUCUGAUCUGUGGAAAGAGUUUCAGAGAAAGCAAUUGAUUUCAAAAAAUGCUCAGAACGAAAUUUCGAGUUCUGCGUACUUUGCGGCUCAAGAUGGGUCGAAUGUUGCAUCUGCUAAGAAUGUCUCAGACGUUACAACUUGCGUUACCCACCCGGUGACCCUAUCUACUCAGACGAAACUUCAAAAUUUGGACAAAAUGCCGACAAGUACUCCAAAACCUACGUGUAGAGCGUUGACGCCCAUCAUGCAAGGGUCACCUAUCUUGUCGAGGAACGAUGACAGUUCCUUAGACGGUUCCUCACUACGAUCUAUACCCUCUAUGUCUCGGAAUUUAAGUCCGAACAUGAAUCACUGUAAUGAUCCUCUACUUCCAAACAACGUUGGUGCAGCUCAUAAUUUUGAUGUGUCUCCUGGCAACCAUUCGCAAAAGAGCAGUCCUGGUGGCUCCAUUGGAAGGGGAUCUAAUUACUCUCCCACUCAGAGAACAGCAUCUCCCAUCGAGCCUGAUGGGAAUCAUUGCAGACACUCACCUGUGCCUUCCACUCAGGUACCUGCCAUCAAGCAAGUUCCAAGCAUGCCUCCCCGUUUAGGCCAAGAUGGUGCAGAUGGCAAAAAACCCCACUUUAUAAUGGUGACACGAUUAGAAGAUGCUCAAGCUAUCAGGGCAGCAGAAUUUCAUCCUUCAGGGCAACUGUAUGCAAUUGGUUCAAAUUCAAAGACACUAAGGAUUUGUGCAUAUCCUAAGGUUGUUGACCUCAAGGAAGAUCAUGUUGCACAUCAGCCAACAGUGCUCUACAAGAAAGUGAAACAUCAUAAAGGUUCUAUCUACUGUCUGGCUUGGAAUCCUACAGGAGAGCUUUUAGCUACAGGUUCAAAUGACAAAACGGUGAAGCUAAUGAAGUUUAAUAUGGAAACAUGCAAUGUUGAUAGUAAUGAAGCUGAAUUGACUAUGCAUGAUGGAACUGUAAGAGACAUGUGUUUUAUCGAAGAUACUACUAGCAGGUCUAGUCUGUUGAUUAGUGGUGGAGCCGGUGACUGUAAAAUAUAUGUAACUGAUUGUGAAACUGCAACACCUUUUCAAGCACUUUCUGGACAUUCAGGACACAUAUUGUCAUUAUAUACUUGGGGUGGUGCUAUGUUUGUGAGUGGCUCACAAGAUAGGACAAUCAGAUUUUGGGAUCUGAGGACCAAAGGCUGUGUUCAUUUAGUUACACCUCCAUCUCUCACUGGGUCUGGACCAGGUAGUCCAGUCACCACCAUAUGUGUAGAUCCAUCAGGAAGACUUCUAGUAUCAGGCCAGGAAGAUGCCUCUUGCAUGCUGUAUGACAUUAGAGGAGGAAAGUAUGUUCAGUAUUUCCGACCUCACACUGCAGACAUUCGAACAACUCGAUUUUCUCCUAGAGCCUAUUAUCUGCUGACGGGCUCCUAUGAUCAUAAAGUGGUCCUGACUGAUCUACAAGGUGAUUUAACGCAGCCCUUAUCAAUGAUAGUUGUUGCUGAACACAGUGACAAAGUGAUCCAGGGAAGGUGGCACCCUCGAGAAUUUGCAUUCCUAACAACAAGCGCGGAUAAAACUGCUACUCUUUGGGCACUACCUCUGCAAUGAAAAUGGUUUUAAAAGGUUU